GGGAAGAGCCUUAAGGGGUGUGUUUCACCUGCGGAAUUCAUUCAGACCCUUCGGCGUGUUGCUGCCCACUCUGUCCCCAGACAUGGCCACCAACUUCACCAAGAACGCAGAGGAGAGACCGGAGUGCUACAAGGCCGAAGUGAAAGGUGAUAUUCCCAGCUGGCUGCAAGGCACGCUGCUGCGUAAUGGCCCCGGCAUAUUUUCUGUGGGGGACACCAGCUACGAGCACUGGUUCGAUGGGAUGGCCAUCAUGCACAGCUUCGCCUUUAAAGACGGUGAAAUGACCCACAGAAGCAGAUUUCUCAGGAGUGACACCUAUAACGCGAACAUGGCAGCUAACAGGAUCGUUGUGUCUGAAAUGGGGACAAUGGCAUACCCGGACCCAAGCAAGAACUUCAUUGUGAAGGCGAUUACCUUCCUCAACCACACAGUGCCUGACUUCACCGACAACGGAGCAAGCAAUUUCAUCAAAUACGGAAACGACUAUUAUGCCACCUCUGAAACCAACUACAUCCGCAAGGUUGAUCCCGUCACCCUGGAAACUCAGGACAAGGUGGACUACACGAAGUACCUGCCGGUGAAUUUGGCUUCGUCCCAUCCGCACUACGACAAAGAGGGCAACGCUUACAACAUGGGGACUUCAAUAGCAGAGAAGGGCAAGACUAAAUACAUGCUGUUCAAAGUCCCCGCUGCUUCAGAAAAAGCCAAAGGAAAGAAUGCUCCUGCACUGAAGAACGUGGAGGUGAUCUGCUCGGUCCCUUGCCGCUCGCUGCUCACGCCCAGCUACUACCACAGCUUCGGCAUGACGGACAACUACUUCAUCUUCAUUGAGCAGCCUCUCAAACUGGACAUCGUCAAGAUGGCCACCGCAUACAUGAGGGGGGUCAACUGGGCGAGCUGCCUGAAAUUCAGUCCUGAGGAAAAUACUCUGAUCCACCUGAUAGACAGAAAGACGGGAAAAGAGGUUGAGACAAAGUACUACACUGGCUCGAUGAUUGUCUGCCAUCAUGUGAACGCCUUCGAGGACAAUGGUCACGUGAUCUUUGAUGUCAUCGCCUACAAGGAUAACGGCCUUUACGAUAUGUUCUACCUGAGCAAGCUGAAGGAAAACGCAGCCCUCCACGAUGAGUCCUACUCCCAACCAAGCUACAAAAGAUUUGCAGUUCCCAUCCACUCAGACAAGGGCAUUGCAGUUGGAGAGGACCUGGUGAAACUCAAAUACACAACAGCCAGUGCCGUGAAGGAGAAAGAGGGAAAACUGAUGUGCCAGGCGGAGGUGCUCUGUGAAAGUUUUGAGUUGCCCAGAAUAAAUUAUGACGUCAACGGCAAGAGGCAUCGCUUUGUCUACGGGAACUGUGUGGAGGGGCCUGCACUGUCAAAACAGAUUGGGAAGUUUGACACCGAGACCAAAAAGAUGGUUUACUGGGGUGAGGAGAACUGCUGGCCGUCCGAGCCCGUGUUUGUCCCCAGACCAAAUGGAGAGUCAGAGGACGACGGUGUGGUCUUAACAUCGGUUAUCAACGCCAACCCAGGCGAGUCUUGUUUCAUGCUGAUUCUCGAUGGCAGGACAUUCAAGGAAGUGGCUCGAGCAUAUUUGGACACUGAGCUGCACAAGGACAUGCAUGGAUUUUUCAUCCCACAAGGAAAUUAGCCAGUUUUGUUCAUGUAAGAUCUUUAUUGUGCUUUCUGAAUGUUUCAUGGACUGCCUCAUCUCUAUAACAGUUAUUAUAUCAACAACUUUUCCUAGUAUGUUUGUUUAAAAAACAUACAAAUUUUUGUGUAUCAAAAUGUUUAGCUUGUGCACAUGUGCUUCUUUUCAUUAAAAAAUAUCCUAAUUUUAAGAUGUAUUCCCAGUCUUCAGUAAGACGAGAUGAUAAGAAUAAAUCUGACACUCCAUA